UUCAUACCUCUCUGCUGCACCGAGUGGCUCUGGUUGAAGUAGUGCUGCACGGAUGGGUGAGGGGAAAGUCAUCUGGGCUGAGGCGACGGGCCUCGGAUGUGCCCGCCAUAUUUUGGGCCUGCUGACGCUCAGCUGUGGAAGGUGGGUCCAACAGGGAGACUGAAAAACAGGAGCAGCAGGAGCGCUGGGACAAGUGAGAGCUCGAUCUGUGCUGCUUAAACUUCACCUCCUCCUUCUCAUGCACCACCAUGAUCACCUAUACCUACUCCUCAGCUUCACCAGGACCUUCUUCCUCCUCCUCGAGCCAAAACAGAGAGGUGUGCGCUCUGAUUGGAAUAAUGGACGCGCGCUCUGAUUGGUCUCUUGACGUUCUCUCGGCCCACAUCACAUGGCCCGGCCUCUGGGCCUAUUAACACGUGAGCUUGGAGAACAAGUUUACAGACUUGUGGUUGAGAGCUGAGCGGAGCGGAGCGGAUUGGAGCGGACUGAACCCAGCGCGGCACCUGCACACCAGUUUUCCGCUCCAGGCGCAACUUUUUUCACAUCUCUUCAUGAGACCGGUCAGUAGGUGAUCUCUCGGACACCUUGGUGCUAUUUACUAAAGUUUUUUUUUAUGUGCGUGUGAGUGAUCACCUCAAGUCGCCCGAAUGUAUAACAUGAUGGAAACCGAGAUCAAGACCCCUCUCCCGCAGUCCAACUCGGGCUCGGCGCCGGGCGCAAAGAACAGCAGCGUCAGCGACCAGGAGCGGGUCAAGCGGCCGAUGAAUGCAUUCAUGGUGUGGUCCCGAGGCCAGCGGCGGAAGAUGGCGCAAGAAAACCCCAAAAUGCACAACUCUGAAAUCAGCAAGCGGCUCGGCGCGGACUGGAAACUUCUGACCGACGCGGAGAAGAGGCCGUUCAUCGACGAGGCCAAGCGUCUCCGGGCGAUGCACAUGAAGGAGCAUCCGGAUUAUAAAUACCGGCCCCGCAGGAAGACCAAGACCUUGCUCAAGAAAGACAAGUAUUCUUUGCCUGGGGGACUGUUGGCGCCAGGAUCCAACACCGUCAACAACUCGGUGUCGAUGGGGCAGCGGAUGGACAGUUACGCGCACAUGAACGGCUGGACGAACAGUGCGUACUCCCUGAUGCAGGACCAGCUGGCCUACCCUCAGCACCACAGCAUGAACAGCCCGCAGAUCCAGCAGAUGCACCGAUACGAGAUGGCGGGUCUGCAGUACCCGAUGAUGUCCUCGGCGCAGACCUACAUGAACGCGGCGUCCACCUACAGCAUGUCCCCGGCGUACACGCAGCAGACCUCCAGUGCCAUGGGACUGACCUCCAUGGCGGCGUCCGUGUGCAAGACCGAGCCGAGCUCACCGCCACCGGCCAUCUCGUCCCACUCUCAGAGGGCGUGUUUGGGGGACCUGAGGGACAUGAUCAGCAUGUACCUGCCCCCCGGAGGGGACAGCGCGGAGCAUUCCUCCCUGCAGAGCAGCCGGUUGCACAGCGUCCACCCACACUAUCAGAGCUCAGGGACUGGCGUCAACGCGACGCUACCUCUCACCCACAUCUAAACAAAACAAAACUUUUGAACUGAAAAAAUAAAACGAAAUAAAAAAGGAUUCUUGGACUUAGUUGGUUGUUACAGAGUAAAAGUUUUGCUCCAAGACUAUUUUAUCUGAAAUUGUCUGUUUGAAAUGAACUUUUAAAUGGACCGAAGCUGUAGAGAUGGGCUUCUGCGGGUCCAUUGAUGCCAUAUUUUCAUUCUUUGAGAAGGCAUGGUGCCUCGUGAAGGGGCUGGUGUAUUUCAGAAAAGCUGGAAGGACAGUUUGUUCAUAAAUGUUUACACUUCAUUUGUAGGAUGGCGGUCAUUCUCCACGGUGUCCGGAUUGGUUCCUGCCUCCCCACCCACACAAUAAAAGUUUAGAUGUUUGGACUGAGCCGGUGUCAAAAACAACUUUUAUUUAUAGUAAUUUGUUUUAUUUUUAGUUCGUGAAAUUGAUAAAAAUAUUCAAAAAGUCGCGUGUUUGCCUUUGUAAAUUGUUCUGAUUCUGUUCUAUUUUGUUUUUUUGCCAGUGUCAUGUUUUUACUAUUGCCACGAACGAAAAGGUUUAUUUAAACUGACGUUUCUACAUAUUUUAAAGCAUCAUCAACUCUCAAAUGCUGAAUAAAUUUUCAUGAAAUGUAGAA